AUGUUGGAGAGGGGAGGCUCAGCAGUGGAUGCUGCCAUCGCUGGGCUGCUCUGCAAUGGCGUCGUCAAUCCCCAAAGCAUGGGCAUUGGAGGCGGAAAAGCCAUGGGAAUUCCAGGAGAAAUUGCUGGCUAUUGGGAAGCGCAUUUAAAAUUUGGAAAAUUACCCUGGGCAGAAUUAUUCCAGCCAGCCAUUGAACUGUGCAUCAAUGGAUCCACUGUCCAGCCUCCACUUGCAAAAUCCUUGCAAUCGAAAAAGGAACAAAUAUUGGCAGAACCGACUCUGCGAGACAUAUUCACUCAGCCAGGAGGCAAAGAUGUCUUGAAGGAAGGCGAUACCAUGUACAGACAGCAGUUGGGCGAAACUCUGCAAAAAAUCGCCGAAAAUGGCGCAAAUGUUUUCUACAACGGAUCCGUUUCCAAGGACUUGCUGGCUGAUUUAUCGCAGCCAGAUGGAAUCAACUCUCCAAUUACUGCCAAGGAUCUCUCGUCAUACAGGUACAGUAUACACAGCAUAAGACGAGGCUCGAAAGUGCUUCACACCACGAAUGUACCGUCUUCCGGACCCGUGCUUGGGUUCAUUUUGAACGCCAUGAAAGAGUUUUAUCCAAAUAAGAGUGAAAUUCCAUUUGGAAAUUGGUCCAGGUCUGACCAGGGUUUAUUCUUUCAUCGGCUAACGGAGGUUUACAAACAUGCUUAUGGAAGGAGGAGUUUCCUGGGGGACCCCAAGUUUGUGUCUGACAAUGUGGAUCACAGACAGACUUUAAAUUCAUUGGGAGACCCGCGUUUCGCGAGAUUCAUCAAGUCCCAGAUCAACGAUUCGUCCACAUACGAGGACCUGGCCUAUUACGGGGCCAGGUCAGGUGCCACUGAGCCACGGGAUUCAGGGACAGCUCACCUGAGUGUCGUUUCACCAGAUGGCGUUGCAGUUGCUGUCACGAGCACCAUAAACACUGCGUUUGGUGCCAUGUUCAGAUCAACUAGGACUGGUAUCAUAAUGAACAACGAGAUGGACGACUUUGCGAACCCGGGUCCGAAUUCUUGGGGCCAGGAAGCCCUGGAAAAUCAGCAGAACAAUAAUUUGCCAGAACCCGGGAAACGUCCCAUGUCUUCCAUGUGUCCGUCAGUGAUUGUGGGCAGGGAUUCGGGACAGAUCCAGGCGGUGAUUGGAGGUGCUGGUGGCACCAAGAUCAUCACUGCUGUCAGCCAGGUACCAACUGCUGCAACAGUAUUAUUGCUCAGUGAAAUUGGUGGCAUGGAUUUGCUAGCAGCAACAGAAUUCCGUCGACUACACCAUCAACUUCUUCCAAAGGAGAUCAUGUUUGAGUCUGACUUUCCCAGGGACAUUUUGGAAGAGCUUGAAAGCAGAGGCCACACAACAAAGCAGUACAACUCCUUCCCUGGGUCAGUGGUGGUUUCUGUUCACAAGGAUAUCAAUUCCACCUGGCUGGGAGUAUUUGACCCAAGAAAACUGGGAGAGGUUGAUGGGAUAGACUGAUGAAUUUCAGUGCCUUUCUCCUGUGUCACAUCAUUUGCUUAGGAUAAAAUAUGCCAUGUGAUUUUGAAGGUGUUGUAUUGGUAUUUGUAUACAGUGCAUGGAAUACAGUAGGGCAUUCUCAAGUA